AUGCCAGCCAGUCAACACCAGUCCAACUCAAAAACUGGAGAUUCUGCUCAGGAGAAGGGCAAAUCGAAACAACAACUCUCAGUGGCAGAUGAAGAAAUCGAGCAGGAACGACAAACUCACCUACGGACAAUCGAAUUACUUGAUCGAGUCGCAAAUGGUGAAAAAGCUGCUGGUCGACUACUUCCCGCCGACCUACUAGAAGACCCUCUUGAUGCACAUCUCUUAUACGUACGUUGGACUUUGGACACGUAUGGCCCACAGGAAGAAAAUCUGAAAAAGAAUCUGAUCAUCAUCCUCGAACAAUCGACGCGUCGGUUUGUCAACGAAAAACAAUAUCGAUCAGAUUUAAGAUAUCUCAAACUAUGGGUUUUAUAUGCCAGACAUUGUUCGAAACUUGGUGCAACGAAGAUAUACGAAUAUCUAAACUCUAAAGAGAUUGGCAUCGAUUUUAGCAUGUUCUACGAGGAAUGGGCCAGCUCAGUCGAUCAACAUCCAGAUAAUCUCAAGACAAUCGAAGAAAUCUUUGAUCUUGGAAUUCAGCGUGGAGCAGAACCUCUUAAUCGAUUGAAGAAAAAGAAGAUUUCAGUCUUAAAACGCGUCUCGCAAUCCACUUCAGAUAGAUCACCACAGCCACCAACCCCAAAUCGCAAUGAGCUUUGCGACGAUCCUCUGAAAAACCAUCGGAUUAGUUCAUCUGCUGAUCCACCGAAAAAUCCAACUGAGCCUCCCCUCAAAAAGCCUCCCGCACCCACCACUCAAAAAUUAGCAUUGGACCUCUCCAAGUUAUACCCCGGCGAUGGAGUUGAGAUAAGUCCAGAGGAAUACAAAGCAACACAGCAAUACGGUUCUCGGCGUUGGGGCGUCGAACCUUG